CAGACUCCAAAAGUCUCAUCUUUCCCACGCAUUUGCAAACACUGACUGCGGCAUAGACAACGUUCCAAAGAGGCGGCCAAUUCUCAUGUCGACCGAUUGGGGCCUCCGUGCGUUCAUCUUCGGUCUUGAAGAUCUGGAAGAUGAUGAGAAAGAGCUAUGCUUCAACAUUCUGGACCGGAAAGGCUUCUCGGCCGCUAAGAAGCGCCGAGCGUUCUUCGCACUCAACGACGCUGACCUGCAGACCGCAGGCAUCAGUGAGCUGAGCACGCGCAAGGCUCUGCGGCUGGCAAUUGAGGCCUCGGCGGCUGGCCUGGGCGUGGGGAGCGCGGCGGGAGCCGGCUCGCUGCCGGCUGCUGCUGUUGUUCUCGAGCGGUUGGAGCAGCUCCAGCAGAACCUUGGGAACGUAUUGAGCCAGCAGCAGGAGAUCCGACAGGAAAUCAGGGACCAGGGCCAGUUCGUACGAGUCCUGAUGGAGGGCGAGUUCACACCGACAUCCAGCAAGGACACCACGCCCUACCGCGAGAAUGCCUUCGAGUACUAUGGCUACAGCGCCAGCCCCAAGACCGUGCAGUGCAUGGUGACCGGAGAGCACAUGCCAGCCGCCAGUAUCAAGGCUGGGCAUAUCUACCGUCAGAGCUGGAAGCGGACUUUCCUGCCGCUGCUGGGCGUCACCUCCGUGCACGACCCGCGGAACAUCAUCCUGGUACGCACGGAAGUAGAGACCGCUUUCGACCGGUUUCAACUGGCCAUCAUUCCCCAGAACGAGAACGGCGUUGAGUGCUAUCAGAUCUACGUGCUGAAGGAGUCGUUGCUGCAGAACGCGCGGGAACAGUUCAUUGGAACGGGUGACGCCGCCAAGUCGGAUACCAAAAAGUGGAAGGACGUGCACAAAACGUACCUGCACGUGGCGGGCGACAACCUGCCCGCCCGCCGCCUGCUGGCAUUCCACGCACACCACGCAAUCAAUAACGCUGUCCGCGCCGGCUGGCUGAAGCCUGGCGAAGUCACAGUGUCGCAGGCGGGCUGGGCCUCGCCUGGGUAUGACCGCGAGUUGAUGCGCACGUUUCUGGAAGGAGCUGUGGCAUCAGCAGGCCUGCUUGCAGCAGCCAGCGAGGACAACCAGUCGCAGUAGGGUGCUGCGAGCCCGCCGCUGAGGUGGGGCAAGUGGGCGGGUCGUCUAGUUUCCGAGCAAAUGGCCUGGCGGUGCUCUUUGCGGGUCGGUGUAGAGAGCAGAGAGAAGGGACGUGGAAGAGGCGUGGGGGCCUGUAUUUCUGAGUGCAUCUGAGUGAUGCAGCGACCGCGUUGCGGGGCCAUGCGAGCUGACUCAGCACAUGCGUUGUGUCGUCACCCCGGAGCUUUUGGUGCAUGGACAUGCGAGCACUGUCACGACAUGUUGUGUGUGGCUAUCAUGGGAUAAGGGAGGGACAAAUGCACGUGCAUCUUUGUGUGUGGGGGGGGCCUACUAUGACGUCUUUAGGUAUGAUUUGGAACUUGCCGGGAUGCCUGAGUUCGCCUUUUCUGAUUUGUGGAGCGCAAGGAUGCUACUUGUACUGCGGGCGUUUGGGUAUAAAUGGACUCCGAAAGGCGAUCAGCUGAUUCGGGUGAGUGAUAUUCUGGAUUCUUUUUGGGCUCAGCCCCCACAGCGCAGCGGCAUUUUGAAAGCCACAUGGAAGGGCGGGUCGAGUGGGAGCACCAGUCUGGCGGGUCUUGACGAAAUAGUGCACCUUCCACGGUAUAGAUUGCAUUGGUUACAAGAGGGACUUGCUGACGCGAGUCACGAGCGACAUCUGCUCUGGACCUCAGGGACGUGCCACCUGCAACGCCGACGACCUACUCUAGUAGUAGGCGUGCUCUCGUGAGAGCUCCAUUUACCUCCGGUUCUGCUCCUAACAUCGAGUGCUAGGACCCUGCUCAAUCACCCGACCAAUCAGAACUACUCGAUUUUUUGGAGUCCGCAGCAAACCUUCCGGACUGAAUCCAUCCAAAUCAACUAAGUCUAAACUCGUCCAGCCCACUGCAUGUCCGUAGUCUAUUCAUUCCGAUCGAAAUCGGAGGGGUGUAUGGGAGUCGAACCCAUGACCUCGAGCGAAUUCGUCCCUUGACGCUAUCCACUCGAAGUGGAACCGGCCACCCCGGUAUAGCUGUCACAACACCACGUGUGACCUGUCAUGGCGUGUCACCAGUGGGCCUGUCAUGCCGUGUGCAUGGAGGUCUGUUGUACGGUGCGUUUUGGAGUUGUACGGUGCGUUUUGGAGUUAUUAGGCGUGAGAGUAGCGAGGAGGGCUGUCUCUUAGCCUGGUCCUUGGCGUGAUAGCCAUUGACCAGCAUGUAACACGAUUACGCG